AUGCAGUCGAAAGAGGGCCAGCCUCGGUCUGUGUUCAACUCGCCGACGUUUGGCAACCCGCUGUCGCUCCGAGUCGAUGAGAGCGUCGGCUCCAUGUCCAUCAGUCCUUCGGGACGAGACGUUGUCCUGGCCAGCCGAACCGGACUCUUCGUUGUCGACUUGGACGAUCCUUUCACACCGCCAAGAUGGAUCCAGCACCUCACAUCAUGGGAAGUCGCAGACGUGCAAUGGUCGCCACACGCCGCCAAGGCCGAGUGGGUCAUCUCCACAUCCAACCAAAAAGCCAUGGUAUGGAACCUCGCACGAGACAGCAAAAAGGCACUUCAGCAGUUUCUCCAUGGCCACAAUAGAGCUAUCACCGACAUCAAUUUCCACCCGUUCGAGCCAGAGUCGCUCGCCACAUGUUCAGUCGACACCUUUGUGCACACGUGGGACCUGCGGUCGCCCCAGAAACCCGCAGGCUCGUUUGCUGACUGGUUUGCCGGCGCCAGUCAGGUGAAAUGGAGCAGAACAAAUUCAAACGUGCUCGCUUCGUCCCAUGGACGGCGACUAAACAUAUGGGACAAACGAAUGGGAUCCAAACCAAUGUUCCGGAUCCAGGCACAUCAGGGCAAGGUCAAUUGCAUUGAUUUCCACAGAAGUGAGCCCUAUAAGUUGGUCACUGCUUCCACAGAUGGAACAGUCAAGUUCUGGAACUUUGCUCAAAAUACCGAGGGAGGAUACCAAGGACCCAGCGAAGGUUGGAGGACAAACUACUCGUAUUUUCUGGAGCCUGAGAUCACCGUCGAAUGUGGAUUUCCAGUUUCUAAAGCAAGACACACUCCUUUUGGCUCGGGAUGCGCCAUCAUGCCUCUACGAGGAGGUGAAAACUCGGUUCAUAUAAUGAACUACAAAGACAAGGAGGGGAAGGUCAAUAUGGACCCUGUCUACACCUACAGAGGCCAUGGGGAUGUGGUUCGAGAGUUUCUGUGGCGAGCAAGAGGUGGACUCGACCAAAAGGUGGACGACCGAGAAUUCCAGCUGGUCACAUGGUCCAAAGAUCGUGACCUGCGUCUCUGGCCUUCUACUCCUGGUCUCGAAAGUCGUGUCAACUUUGUGCGAGGUGAGAAGCCUGUACCAUAUAAGUUGACUCGAAGGGGGGCUCCAUACGUCACGUACACUCAUGAGCCUGUGGGAACCGACUCAUUCCCUGUGGGAGGAGUUGGCAUUGGAGGGCGACGGUCGGGAUUGUCUGUAUCUCCUAGUCAUGGCAGUUUUGGAGGAAACAUGGGUCUUGUCGGCCCGGCGGCAACUACAAUGCGUACCAAGGUAAGGUCAUCUCAGGGCAAGCGAAACAUGCAUUUGUCAUGGCUCUCGGGUGUUCGAGUUGGUGCUGCUGCCUUUGCUUCUCACUAUGGCUCGUUUGAUGAAGGAGUGGGUAUUGGAGGAAGUCUUGUGCCGACCUCGCUUGGAGAAGAAGUUUCCUGCGUGGGGAAAACUUUCCCGAAAGUGCGAUUUGAGAAGAUCAGUGUGUCUACAGGUCAAGUUGUGGUAUCUCUUAAUGGUCAACUGGACGAAAAUGAGCCGGACAAGCUGACAUUCCUGCGAAUCAUUAUCAAGUUUCCCCACGAUUAUCCUUAUGAUGUUCCCACAUACUUCAUUGAGGAGAAUGAGGACCUGACCAAGGCAGACAUCAAACUGAUCAAAUCCAAUCUCAAUAGAAUCAGUAGCAGCUACACUGAUCAUGGUCGGUUCUGUCUCGAGGCUUGCCUAAGAUUUCUUAUGGGCGAGUUCUUGUCUAUUGAUGAAGCUCUCUAUGAAGAACAUUCCAGCAGUGAUGAUGGCUCUGAGAUGACAGACUAUGACGAGUAUGGAUCUCAUGAUAACAUUGUGUUUGAGUCUGACGAUGGAGGUAAUUCCGGUGCUGAAUCAGAUGUUUUUGGCUCAUCUUCGUCGGAUGAUGGAAUCAUGCCUAUGGCACGAUUAGGGAAAAACUCAUUCAACUCCACGCCUAUCCCCAAGGGCUGUGGAGCUGUUUGGUCACGUGGAGGAAUGCUGGUGUGUUUUUUCACUCAUCGAAAAGACGAUAUAGCCCACACUCAGCGGAAAAUCGAGACAAAUAUGAAAAUCAGCAAUAUGGAUGGCUCAGAUUCAGACUCGGAUGAUUCCCAGGAUUCGCUACAAAACGCCGUCUGGCCUAGAGACGCCAAGUUCCGAACAUCUCUUGUACCCCGGGCUCUCAACAGACGAGUGCGGUCUUCUGCAGAGUCGGACACGCAGCGGUCCUUUGGCACCAGUCCCAAGUUGCUGUCGACAAAUAUUAUCAAGGUGCUCGACUUGAGAAACCUGAUUCCAUCCCGAAAGAUUUUAGCACAGGGAUACGAGAUUUUAGGUCUUCCUCCGCACUUGUUGUGUCGCCACAACGCUGCUGUGGCCGAAAAACACGGCUAUGAAGAGGCAUCCGACGCUUGGAGGAUUCUAGAACUCAUUGUGGACCCAACUGAGAUGUCCAGAACAUUGGAUACUUGCACUCCUGGAGGUGGUGGAAGCGCUGGAGGUGGUGGAUCUGGAAGUAAUGCUGCUCUGCCUUCUCUGACGUCUAAUCUCAUGGGCCACAUCAACCCCAAUAUUGGCCAGAUCACCUCCAAUGUCUCUGACGGUAUUCUGGGUGACUGGGGUAACCAUCCAUUUGGCCGUAAUGCUCUGGUCACCCGCUUGUUUGACUACUUUGAAAAGCAACACAAUACCCAGAUGCUGGCAAAUAUGAGUUGUGUCAUGAGCUCAGUGCACCAGCAGGAACAGUCUGAAUUGAACGUUCCCCAAACACCUGGAACACUCUCGUUUGUGAGAUCUCCGGGUUUCCCGCCAGGUGAACACUCCACCAACUACUUUCUCAAAUCUCCUGUCAACGCAGAGGCUUGGGACAUUCCUGAGAAACGGAAGAAACGGUCUGGGUCACGUGUCAUUGACAUUUCGCCGUUUGGCUCGCAGACCUCAAACACAACAUUUGGCUCGCCCGAAUGGUGGAAGAGGUCAAUGGCUCGACCGUCUUCACGUGAUGUAGCAGGAGGAACGUUGUCACGGGUUGAUUCUGCUUUUUUCACACGCGACCAGUCGUACACCCCGUCGUCUGAUGACAAUAUCGACUUUUCUGGUCUCUUUACACCUCUUCUGCAUAGACAAGCUUCCAUCGUUCUGUCUCUAGCCGAACACGAGCCUGCAGACUACCCCAAGAUGCAGAUUGAGUUCUUCCCUACUCUCCAGGACACGUCUCCAGUUUCUCUACUAGACCCUGCACGAGAAGACAAGUUUCAAAGCUACCGAAUGCAAUAUGCGUCGAUUCUAGCGUCCUGGGGACUGACAGUCGAGAGCCUGGAGGUACUCAAGUUCAAUAAUCGCACGUAUAGCUCGUUGUUUGGAGAGAUUAAAAGCGCCCAGAUUGGUUUGUACGCUAAGCAGCCCACGCAAGUGGUUUCCAAGACCGUUUCUCAGCAGCCUCCUCGAACCGUGCAUUUCAAAGCCAAUCCGAAUAACAACAAGGAGUGUGCUUUCUGUUCAGUGACGGUGCAGGGCCGGUUCUUUUUCUGUGUCGUCUGUGAACACGUUACCCAUGCCGCCUGUGCUGCCGAGUGGUGGCAGACCGGGCUGGGUCAGUGUCCUGCGGGUUGCGGGUGCGAGUGUAUGGAGCAUAGUAUUGCUUCUACGGAGGUGUGCUCAUGA